AUGGGUUCACUAACAAAGCUUGAGAUUCCUUAUAUAGAUUUCUCUAAGGAUGGCGCCUUAGUACCCGGUACAGAUUCGUGGGCUUUAAUCCGCGAUCAGACGGUUAGGGCACUCGAAGAAUUCGGUUGCUUCGUGGCGAACUACUCUAGGGUUUCUUCGGACCUUCACAAUGACAUAUUUCAAGCAUCAAAACAGCUAUUUGAUCUCCCUAGAGAGACCAGAAUGAAGAACACUUCAACCACACCAUCCCAUGGCUAUGUGGGGCAAGUGCCUCUCAUUCCUCUCUAUGAAGGUUUGGGGAUUGAAGACUCUACCCUUCUUGAAGCUGCUCAAGACUUCACUCGUCUCAUGUGGCCGGAUGGAAAUCAGUUUUUCUGUGAAAAGGCACAUAGCUUCGCCACGAUUGUAGCAGAACUAGAACAGACGGUAACAAGGAUGGUGGCCGAGAGUUAUGAGAUCGAAGGAGACAAUGAGACCGAUGAGAUGUUGAGUGCCAAAUCUUACCUUCUCCGUUUCAUCAAGUACAUAGCACGACUCGACCCUGAAACGACAGAGCCAACCGUGGGAUUCCUUCCCCACACGGACAAGAGUCACAUGUCCAUCCUUCACCAAAGUAAUGUCAAAGGCUUGGAGCUCAAACUAAAGGGAACCGAAGAGUGGAUCCUUCUCGAGCCCUCGCCUACUUCUUUCAUCGUCAUGGCUGGCGAAGCUUGCACGGCAUGGACAAAUGGGAGGAUAGAUGCUCCAUAUCAUAGAGUGGUGAUGAAUGGGAAAGAAGAUAGAUAUUCCAUGGGGCUUUUCACACACAUCAGGGGUGUUUUAGUCAAAGCACCGGAGAAGCUGGUAGAUGAAAGUCACCCAUUGUUAUUUCAUCCGUUUGAUCAUUACAAACUCAUAAACUACCUUUUCACUGAUGAGGGGAAGAAAUCUAAAUCCGCCAUAAAGUCCUUUUGUGGUGUUUGA